CUACCGUUAUGUGUAAAGCCUAUCCUACACGAAAUGCAUAGAACAUAGAUAUAACAUAGACAUAAGCAUAAGAAAAAUUUCAAUCUACACAGACGUGCAUAGCAUAUGUUUUGACCAAUCAGAAUUGAGGAACAAUAAUCGCCAUUUCGCAACAGUGCAACAGUUUUCUAACCUAUUACUUCUUACUAAGAGUUUUUCGCUGAAGUAUUACUGAAUGCAACCAAAAUCUUUAUAAAAAAAAGUUUAUAACAUAAGGGCACAUUAAACAUGAUAAACAUUAGUGGUAUUGAUUGAACAUAAAGUCAAAAGAGGAUUUAUUUUUAUGCGAAAGAACGUUAUUUAUAAACAGAUUGGAUUGACUCGAAAGUUUGUAGCAGUCUAUUAUAAUACAUGAUUGAUCAUUCUCAAAAUUAAUUUAACUAUUAAACAUUGUCCUUCAAUGAGUAUUGUACACCUGUGGAAUAUUCGGAUAAAAUUUUUAUAAGACACACGCACGCACACUUAAAAUUAUAUGAAUAUUUAUAAUUAUCAAGGUUGUCUACAAACACUCACGAAUAUUUUAUCAAAGAUGGAUAUAAAGAUGGAUGAUUACACAUUUACAUCGCCAUCAUAUCAGCAAGUUAUAUAUUUUUGCAAAAACGUAAACAAGUUAAGAAGAAACGACUUUGGGUACGACCUAUAUAUAUAUCAAUCGACCGCUAUAUGGUGAUUUUCAACAUCUUUGUCAAGAAUUAAAAGAAGAUACGAAAAUGUUUUUUAAGUACACAAGGAUGGAUUUACUUACUUUUAAUAAAUUAUUAGAUAUAUUGCGACCUCAUCUAGAGAAAAGAAAUUGGAGAGCAUUAUCAGCAGAACAACGACUUUUUAUUAUGCUUAGAUUCCUUGCAACAGGAGAUCAAGUAGCUUCGAUUGCAUUUGCACAUCGAAUAAGUGAAUCCACUGUAUAUAAUAUUAUUAAAGAAACAUACAGAGUGACAAUACGAGUUUUAAAUCCCAUCUAUUUAAAGCCACCUAAAGAAGAAGACUGGAAGAAAAUAGCUGCUGGAUUUUGGAAUCAUUGGAAUUUUCCCAACUGCAUUGGCGCGAUUGACGACAAGCAUUUUGUUAUCAAAGCACCUCCAAAUUCUGGUAGCUUAUAUUUUAAUUACAAAAAAAGCUAUAGUAUUGUAUUAUUAGCUGUAUGUGAUUAUCAAUAUAAAUUUACUAUAGUAGACUGUGGUGCUGCAUAUGGUAGCGCAAGUGAUGGUGGAAUAUUUGCACAGUCAGAAUUUGGAAAGUGUUUAAACAGUAACGAUCUUAAUAUACCCGUAGAAAAUUGUAAGUUACUUUUAUCAGAUAUAGAAAUGCCUUAUUACUUUGUGGCUGAUGAGGCAUUUCCUCUAUCAAAACAAAUAAUGCGACCUUACCCUGGACAGUGUUUGAAUGAAAAAAAGUCUAUUUUUAAUUAUUGGUUAUCAAGAGCUAGACGCAUUAUUGAGAAUACUUUUGGUAUUCUGGUCUCAAGAUGGAGAAUUUUUAGAAGGAGUAUAUGUUUAAAACCAGAUCAUGUAGAUGCAAUAAUAAUGGCUGCAAUAAAUUUGCAUAAUUUUCUAAUGAUUGAAAACAAUGGCGUAACAAACGAAAAUACUUACUGUCCUUUAAAUUAUAUAGACACUGAAGACAACACAGGACGUUAUACAGAGUGCAUGGAGAUUUAAUCUGAAUAAUAUAAAUAAUUUACGACGUACUAAUAUACAUAGAGCGGUAAGAGAAGCUUAUGUUUUAAGAAAUAUCCUAUCCGAAUAUUUGUCAUCACCACAAGGUGAAGUACCAUGGUAAAUGGAGUACAUUCAUAGGGGAUAUACCACAGAUAUACCAUAAACCUGUUUGAUAUAUAUAUAUUUUAUUUGAUAUAUUACAUAUUAUAAACAUAUAACAAAAUAAAAUUAAAUAUGCAACUUUUGCUUAAAUGACUCGGUUAUGUAAUGAUACAAAGCAAUGUAUAUAAAACGAAUUCGAGGUGUGAAGUAUUU